AUGGCGCUUAAUCUUGAGAAACAGUUACUCUUCUAUGGAGCCUACCAUAGCAAUCCCGUCAACGUCGCAAUCCACAUCACCUGCGUCCCAAUCCUACUGUUUACCGGCAUCGUCCUCGCCUGCAACUGCCCACCACUGUUCACCCUCCCGGACAUUAUCCGAAUCGAAUACCUGCCCGCGAAUGCCGGCACAAUCGGCGCUCUUAUUUACGCUACUUUCUAUAUCCUCCUAGAGCCCAUUGCCGGCGGUCUACUCGCACCCGCCCUGAUCUCGGCUGCAUACUACGGAAACUACUUCCUCGGCACUUACGGAAGCACCGCGAACUACUGGGCCGGGGGCAUCCACGUCGUGUCCUGGCUGGCGCAGUUUGUCGGACACGGCGUGUUUGAGAAGCGUGCGCCUGCCUUGCUGGAUAACCUUGUUCAGGCUCUCCUGCUUGCGCCGCUAUUUGUCUGGAUGGAGGUUCUGUUCUUCUUCGGAUAUCGCCCACAGCUCAAGGAGCGGUUCGAAAAGGGCGUGGAGCUGGAGAUUCUGAAGUUCCGGAAGCAGGGGAAGGGCAAGGGCAAGGCGGAGCAGUAA